GUGAAAUAUCGGCGAGAGCCGAAUUAUUUCCAGCCUUUUGAUCAGUAAAUUUUCAGUUUACGACCCGUUUAAAAAGAACUCUUGAUUUCGAAACAACCGCUAAACAUUUCCAGUGUCACUGCAAGAAAGUGCAAGAAUGCAUCUCAACGGUCAAGAAACAUCAUUUCGAGCGGGAAAAUAGAACUGUAAACAUCAGGAUUUGUGGACGUUAGCAUUAUCAAGUGCAUAGAAAGUGUAAAUUUCAAGAAUAUUACUGUUAUUUUGCAGUCUAGAUAAUAAUGUGAAUUUUGUGUUUAUGUGCUUUAUGUGAAAUCAAUAUUUUUGACAGCUUUGUAUAGAAGAACAUUUGAAAAAUGGCCAAUCUAGAAACUACUCGAGCUCGGGCAGUACUUGCCGAAAUUCCAACGGAGCUAGGCUUUCCUAUUCAACAUCGGGCCGUUAACCAUCUUGGAGCUCUCAGAAGAAAUGCUUUAAAUCCGGCUCUGAUCGAUAGUCCCGCUGCAAAUAUUCCAGAUAGCUUUUUAUCGCCUCGAAUGUCUCCAGACGAAGCCGUCAUUCAGCAGCGGGGCCGCCGUCGCGUUCCUAUAAUGUGGAGCCCGGAGAAAGGAUUCCAGUCUCCGAACAAAACACCCACCAAAAGUAUUUCUGCUAUGACGCUGAGAAGCUCCCCUCGAAAACGUUCGUUGAUCAGAGAGCUAUCGGAUGUUCGGGUUUCUGGAAUUGAUGCAAGUCACUCAUCGCCAUCGAACAAAAAGAACACGCCUUCUAAGGGAUCCCCUGGCAGUGCGAAAAAAAUACGUUUACAGGAGGGAUCGAUAAAUCGAUCCAAAAGCGAAGUGCCUCUAGAGACUCUGCUCAAGGGUUUCAGUCAGGAUCAGCUAAUUGCGAUGAUAACCGGUAUGGUGCAGACGAAUCCACGGCUCGAAGAUGUCGUUAGAUCUGAACUACCUGUCCCAGAUAUAGCGCCUUUGGAAGAACAGUUGUGCUAUCAGAAGAGGAAUAUUUUCAAAAGUCUCCCAGCGACACGUUUGGUUAGCAAGACAGACAGUCCUGCCUACGCCAGGGCAGCUACCCAUUUGGCUGCAUUCAAAAAAACUCUCAUCGAUCAAAGUCAAUCGCUGCAAAGUUCGAAACACUGGGACGCACUUCUCGAUUACGUACUGAUGGCAUGGAACUACGUACGCUUGACUCCAGUUUGGGACAACCAUGCGCAUAACGCUAUACGGAGACACUGUUUCAAAAUUCUCUCAUAUCAUGCAAAUAGUGCACUGAAGAAUGGAUCAACAGGGCUGGGAAAGGAAAGAAUUGAACGCUUCCAUGCAAAACUGAAAUUAAUGGGCGCUGAUUGUGAGGACAUCAACGAUUGCAACGUUUGUAUCGGAUAUCUUCUGAACAAAAUAUGAAGCCGCGGGGAUCUUACAGGUUUAAAGUAUACUUUGGCUAAAUCUAGAGGUUGACUGAUUGUUUCCAUGAGCCUCAGUGUCAAAUGUAGGGUUUUUGGCUUAGGCUUUUAAUUCUAGAACGCAUGAUUCUAGAGCAGUUAAAUCUUAACAUUCUUCAUUUUUAUGGUAGACAUUAGAUAUGAAAAAGUUCAAAUUGUUAGGCUUCGUCGUUUUGUUUGUCCUAUUGUGGCAACAUUUUACAAAUGAAACAAAUAUUUAGCAAGUAUUUUUUCGGUUUUACUUUUUGCAUGCGACUGAUAAUCUUAUGAAUGUAAUUUUUGUUUGCUAUUCGAAACGGUGUAAAUAAAGUUUGUAACAUUGUACCUUAUCAAA